AUGGCUUUCUCGUUUGGAUGGGUCGCCUACGCCGUUACCACCGUCGUGUCCGCCGUCGGCGAAAACAGAUUGAUGCCGCUACCGGACUGUGAUUGGAUUUACAUGAUAGGAUUCGCCACGAGUAUUGUCCAGCUCGGUAUUGCGGCCAUCCCGUGCGGUGUGUACGGCGACUGGGGAAUUUUGCUGGUCACUGCCAGUGGGAUUGUGCUGUCUUUCGCUACUGGCGCCCUCGCGCAGUGGAAGCGUGAGAAAUGGGCAUGUCGCCACAACACCGAAAAAACGGUGGUUCUGACCAAAGGCAACGGCAGUCAGCAUGCAAUUGUGAUCAUUGGUGACAACAAGGGUCUCGAUUUUGAGGACCUGGCUACCGGUCCUGUCACUCUGGGUAAUUCUGCGUCGUCUCAGACUAGGUUUGCUUUAAUCGUGCUCGCGGCGCUGUGGAUCUUGCUCCUUAUCACCGCCGCAAGCCUGCACCAAAACACUUGGUUCCUGCUUGCAGUGGGUGGGAUAGGAAUGCUCCAGAACAUCUUCGUCGCAGGCGCCAGGCGGACCCCGAAAGACUUCGGCGUGCCAUUGGUCUUUGAAGCUGUCAUAGCGGAACCUAAAGUCAUGGACACGCUGUUCGCAGUUGAGAAGGCGUAUCCCCGUGUGGGGAGGAGUAUGAGAGAGACGUUUUUUCCAGCAUCAUUGCACCCGAAAGAGAAGGAGAGGUGGGAGGAGUUUGAGAUGGUCGCCGAUGCUUUGGAUGAGUCGAUGAAGAGUGAUGGGGAGAGAAAUGGUAACAUUAAUGCGAAAGCUAGUGAUAAGCAAUCGCAUAUGCAAGAAGCGUACACCGAGAAAGAUGGGCCAGAAUAA